AUAAAUACAACUAAAAGAAAAAGUAUAGAAAAAAGAAAAAAAAAAAACAAUUAGAUUGGCAUUAAUUCACAAGAAAUAAAACCCUAAAGUGUAACAAAAAAAAAAUAAAACCCUAAAGGACCUCCUGUAAGAACAAAUCCUCAUAGAAUCAAUCCCUGCCGUCACUUCACAAAUCCAACGCUCCAGAUCUCCCUAUUGCUUGUGCUUAUCACUCCCCUCUUUCCUCACUUCAGUCUCUCUCUCUAUGAGUCUCUGUCUCUUUCUCUCUCUCUAAAAGAAACAUGGCAAAACCCAUUACCAUCAUUCGAUCAUCUUCAACAAACACUCCACUCCUUCACUCUCAAUCUGAUCUCUGUUUCUAUAUUUGUCAUCAAAAUUACACUCUUUAGCUCAAUACCCACAUCUCAACACAUCAUCAACAACUUCGUAAUUUUUUUUUUUGUGCUUUUUGAAGAUUGCAUAUUUUUGUUUCGUUUUGGGUUAUGUAGGUUUUCGGUUUUGAUCAACAAAAACUACUUUUGCGAACAUAAAAAGCAAAACCUAGUUCAAAUUUAGCUAUUUUUAGCUGAAAUUUAGCUUAAAGUUUGAAACUUUUUUUAUCUACUAAUGAUCACAGAUACAUAUUCAAAGAUUUUACCUGAUAUUUCAAUGCGAUCAAUGCUCCAAAACGAGGAUUUCAGCAAGCUAAUUAGAGAGCAAAGGUUACAACAAGAGGCAGCGAGCGAUAGAGAGAAAGAACUUAAUAUUUAUAGAAGUGGGUCUGCACCACCUACAGUAGAAGGUUCUUUAAACUCUAUUGGAGGGUUAUUUGACACAACUGGGUUAGCUGGUAUAGCAAACACUAACAGUAAAGGCGGGUUCUUGAGUGAAGAAGAGAUAAGGUCUGAUCCAGCUUAUGUAAAUUAUUACUAUUCUAAUGUUAACUUAAAUCCAAGAUUACCUCCGCCUGUGUUAUCUAAAGAAGAUUGGAGGUUUGCACAAAGAUUACAUGGUGGUGCUGGAGUUAAUUCUGCUGUUGGAGAUAGAAGGAAGGGGAGUAGUAGUGGUGGUGAAAACGAAGGGAAUAGGUCUCUCUUUGCUGUGCAGCCAGGGGUUGGAGGAGGAAACGAAGAGAAUGGGAAUGGUGGAGGAGUUGAGUGGGGAGGAGAUGGGUUGAUUGGGUUGCCGGGGUUAGGCCUAGGAAGUAGGCAGAAGAGCAUUGCAGAAAUCAUUCAGGAUGAUAUGAGUCAUGCAAAUCCCACCUCAAGGCAUCCUUCACGUCCAGCCAGUCGCAAUGCAUUUGAUGAUGAUGUAGAUAAUUCUGAACCGCAGUUUGCUCAGCUGCACAAUUUGACGUCUUCUGAUGCUUUGCGCUCUGUGGCAAAUAAACAAGGUGUUUCUGUGGUCCCAACUGUUGGUGCAACAGCUUCUCAUAGCUAUGCUUCUGUUUUAGGUGCCUCUUUGUCACGAAGCACUACGCCUGAUCCUCAACUUGUAGCUAGAGCUCCUAGUCCUCGCAUUCCACCUAUUGGAGGAGGUAGGGCCAAUUCUAUUGAUAAAAGAGAUGUGAAUGGCUCAAACUCAUUUAAAGGUGUCUCAUCAAGCUUGAAUGAAUCUGCUGAGCUAGUAGCUGCUUUGUCUGGAUUGAAUCUGUCAACGGUUGAUGAAGAGAACCACUUGCGGUCACAAAGGCAACAUAACAUUGACGAUCACCAUAAUCUCUUCAAUUUACAAGGUGACCAAAACCAUGUCAAGCAACAGUCUUUCUUGAAUAAGCCUGUUUCAUCUGCUAACUCCUAUAUAAAAGGCCCUUCAGCACCAACUCUCAGUGGCAGAGGAGGCUCCCCAUCUGAACAGCAUAAUAUUGAUAACAUGAACUCCUCAUUUGCAAACUAUGGCUUGGGUGGGUAUCCUAUGAAUCCUUCAUCUCCAUCUAUGUUGGCAAGCCAACUUGGAAGUGGGAGUUUGCCACCAUUAUUUGAAAGUGCGGCUGCUGCAUCUGCAAUGGGAGGAACUGGAUUGGAUUCUAGAGCACUUGGUGCUUUAGGACCGAACUUAGUGGCUGCCGCAGCAGAAUUACAAAAUCUCAGUAGAGUUGGAAAUCAGAACACUAGUAAUGCUUUUCAGAUGCCACUCAUGGACCCUUUAUAUCUUCAGUACAUGAGGUCAAAUGAGUAUGCUGCUGCACAGCUUGCAGCUCUCAAUGACCCUACUAUGGACAGGGAGUACAUUGGUAAUUCAUACAUGGAUCUGCUCCAAAAAGCCUACAUAGGAGCUUUGCUUUCACCUCAAAAAUCACAAUAUGGUGUUCCCUAUCUUGGCAAAUCUGGCAGCAUGAAUCAUAAUUACUAUGGUAAUCCAGCAUUUGGUCUUGGCAUGUCCUAUUCUGGAAGCCCAAUAGGGGGUCCCCUUCUUCCCAAUUCUCCUAUUGGAUCAGGUAGUCCUGUCAGGCACAAUGAAAGAAACAUGCGCUUUACUGCUGGGAUGAGGAAUUUUUCUGGUGGUGUCAUGGGAUCUUGGCACUCAGAAACUGGUGGUAACCUUGGCGAGGAUUUUCCUUCCUCUUUGCUAGAUGAGUUCAAAAGCAAUAAAACUAAAUGUUUUGAACUCUCAGAAAUUGUGGGUCAUGUUGUCGAGUUCAGUGCCGAUCAGUAUGGGAGUCGAUUCAUUCAGCAGAAACUUGAAACUGCUACCACAGAAGAGAAAAACAUGGUCUUCAAUGAAAUUAUGCCGCAAGCCCUUUCGUUAAUGACAGAUGUUUUUGGUAAUUAUGUUAUUCAAAAGUUUUUUGAGCAUGGAUCUGCUGCCCAAAUCAGAGAACUGGCUGACCAGCUAAUUGGCCAUGUCUUGACUCUUAGCCUGCAAAUGUAUGGUUGUCGGGUGAUCCAGAAGGCCAUAGAAGUGGUUGAGCUGGACCAACAGACUAAAAUGGUGUCAGAGCUUGAUGGCCAUAUCAUGCGAUGUGUGCGUGAUCAGAAUGGGAACCAUGUCAUUCAGAAGUGUAUUGAAUGUGUACCUGAAGAUGCUAUACAGUUUAUUGUCUCAACGUUUUAUGAUCAAGUUGUGACACUGUCCACUCAUCCAUAUGGCUGUCGAGUCAUACAGAGAGUCCUGGAGCACUGCCAUGAUGCAAAAACCCAGCGUAUUAUGAUGGAUGAGAUUUUGCAAUCUGUCCUUAUGUUGGCACAAGAUCAGUAUGGGAAUUAUGUUGUACAGCAUGUGUUGGAGCACGGAAAACCUCAUGAACGUUCAUCAAUAAUAAAGAAAUUAACUGGACAGAUAGUUCAAAUGAGUCAGCAGAAAUUUGCCUCCAAUGUUAUUGAGAAGUGUUUAACAUUUGGUACUGCAGCAGAACGCCAGGCCUUGGUGAAUGAGAUGCUCGGUACUACUGAUGAAAAUGAGCCUCUUCAGGUUAUGAUGAAAGAUCAGUUUGCUAAUUACGUUGUACAGAAAGUGCUGGAAACUUGUGAUGACCAGCAACUUGAACUAAUCCUUGACCGAAUAAAGGUUCACUUAAAUGCUUUGAAGAAGUAUACUUAUGGGAAGCAUAUAGUUGCACGUGUAGAGAAACUUGUUGCAGCUGGAGAGAGGAGGAUCAGCUUCCUUACCCUGCAUACUGCUGCUUAGAUGGCAUAGGAGAAGUUGUACAGCUAAAGAUAGUAUGAGCGCCUCUCUCUCUCUCUCCUCCCCAUCUUUCUUCUUCCUUUUCAUUUCUAGCACUUGCUCUGUCUAUUUAUUUGAAUAGAUAGGAGCUUAAUGGAAAUAAAUUGUCGGUUGUACUUAAAACUGUACAUUGUUAGUUCGAGGAUAUACCUAGAUUCAGGCUAGCUGAGGCUCAGAUGGUGAACAUACUGAUGCCCUUGCAGAGGAGAUAAAAUUUACUGUACAAGUUUUAAGGGUGUAAAAAGGGAGGAGGUAGUGGAUUUGUGAUCGUGACUGUACAAAAUAUUACCAGGCAUGGAUGGCCUUUGUGUUUAGGAGAGUCCGGAAUUUUUGGCAUGUAUGGAUCAUAUAGUUUUCUUAUUUAAAAGAACUUUUUCUCCCCUUUC